AUCGGCUUCUUUAAACUCAACCACCACCAUCUUUUUCUCCUCACUCUCUGAAAACACAAAAAUGGGCCGUGCUCUGUUCUCCCAAGCCUACGCUGCACCAGUCAUCCACGAAGACAAUGCUUAUGCCGCCGAAAAUCCCCUAGAGAAAGCCGGAUACGAUAGAUGGAGCAUCACCAACCCCUUCGACCCAGAUUCAGACGAAUUCUUUUCAAAUGCACAGACAGAGCGCUUUCUGGAACCAGAUGAAUUGACAGAACAACAGGUCCUAAUUUCCUCGUCUGUUCCGCCCUCCGAUACCGAUCCAGAUUUACUACCUCCCAAUGCUGGCUCACCAGUCACGAACUGGGUUGCUGUCGGUCCCAAUAUGUGGGCCAGGACUGUGAGAAGAACUAAUUCUCUCCCUUCGCCACCACCAGUACCUUCUCAGAUGGACCUGUUGGAAUCAGCGAGUUCAUCAGGGACCACCACUCCUAGGUCGGCUUCACCCCAGACCCCUGAUCCAGUCUAUUCGCCAACUCUUCCGGGGUUUGUCCCGACAGAAGAACUUUUGGCAAGGUUGCCACCACCUGCCACCACCACCACAAUUACUGCAGCUACCCCAUCGCUCACAGGUACCUCUCCACGUCGAAGACGUCCAACCAAUCCUCAAGGAGAAUCGCUUUCUCCUCCACUCAGCGUAUCCCCGAGGUUAUACACUUGGUCGCGAAGUCGUCCAGAGGAAGAUGAGCUGCAGUCAACCACCUUACGUCGUAUUCGACCGCGUAUUGAUUCAGGUUCCACUUCCGCCACCCCCUCCAUGCGUUCCGUUCGUCGAUCUCGCACUCGAUCGCUGGGUCCAGUCCACCAACAUCCCGAGUCACUGAUGCCGGGUGCUGGGUCGUGGCACGAACGGUCUUCAUACCAACGUCUUUCUUCGGUGAACGCCGACACUGGUCAUUCCUCAACGAACCGAGACGAGAGUGGUGGUAGUGCCAACAGCCGCAUCUCUCGUCUUCUGUCAGGGAUAGAGGAUGAUAAUGCAGUGGCUUUGGUACGAAGGCUAUUGGAACGGAGUGACCGCACAAGGGAAUAUGCGAGGGAUAGGGUAGGCGAUUUGGAUAACCACAUUGAAAGACUGGCCAGAGAGAGAGAAAGGAUCUUGUCUGCUCAUUUGCAGGAUAUGGUAGCCCGAGAGGACUUGCUGAGAAGGAGUGCGGAUACAGCACUCGAGGAGGAGACAGAGCCGUUCAUUCCUGAACCAGACGGCCUUCGCUUCGUAGCUCUGUAAUGUCCGGCGUCGGGAUGUGCAGCUAAAAUGGUUCGGCAUUGAACCUCAUUCUUGUUGGAAAACUAGACACUCCUUUUUGAUUUAUUACUUUUUUAUUUCUUUGUCGUCAAACAUGCGAGACCUUCUCUCCCUUCUUAAUGGAUCCACACAAAAAUAUCCCGCACCCUCUUAUGCAUACCCUCGUCAUCGGUUACAACGGCAUAUACUUUCAUUUUAUGCUACCAUAUCUGUUUUUCGUUACGGAUCAGUUGUAUUAGGUAUGGUGUAUCAAUAGAUUUUUUUUCAGAGCGUGUUGCUGCCUUGGCA